AUGCUUGAAGCUAAGCUUAACGAGGCGGUGAUGCUCAAGCGCUUGCUUGACUCCAUCAAAGAACUUGUCCAGGAUGCCGAGUUCAAGUGUGACGAGGGCGGUAUUGAAUUACAAGCGAUGGACAACUCUCACGUUGCGCUGGUCGCGGUCAAGAUGGACGCAUCUGGCUUCCGGCGCUACCGCUGCGACAGGCCAAUCCCGCUCGGCGUCAACCUGGGCUCUCUCACGAAGGUGCUCAAGUGCGCCAAGGACGACGAUAUCUGCACUCUCAAGGCCACCGAUGACAGCGACGUGCUUAGCCUCACCUACGAGGCACGCAAUGCUGACCGAAUUGCCGAAUAUGAUAUGAAGCUCAUGGAUAUCGACGCCGACACGCUCGGCAUCCCAGACACCGACUACGAGGCCCGCGUGACGAUGCCUUCUGCAGAGUUCUCACGGAUCGUCAAGGAUCUUUCCAACCUCGGCGAGUCGGUACGCAUCGAAGUUUCCAAAGAGGGUGUACGCUUCGCCGCCGACGGCGAGUCGGCGAACGGCUCUAUCCUGCUCAAGCAAACUGAGGCAGCGCGCAAGCGGUAUGAAAACUACAAUGCCGAUGACGAAGACGAGGUGAAGGAGGAGGAUGAGGAUGAGGGCUCGGAGAAGAAGAAGAAGCGCAAGGUCAAGAAGGACCCCGACGCGGAGGAGGAUGAAGAUGAGAAAAAAAAGGACGACGACGAGCCGAUGGAUGAGGACGAUGCGGACUUCAAGGCCAAGGAGGAGGAUGGUGAGGAUGAAGACGAGGAGGACGAGGGCAAUAAGAAGAAGCGCAAGAAGGCGCCGGCAGCGAACGGCAAGCCCAAGAAGCGUGUCAAGAAGGACACUGACGAUGAGGGCGCAUCUGGCGGCGGUGUCAGCAUCGACCUCACCGCACACGUUGCGCUCACUUUCUCGCUUAAGUACCUCGUCAACUUCUCCAAGAGCGCUACCCUCUCGGACACCGUUCAGCUCAUGAUGCGGAAUGACGUCCCGCUUCUCGUCUCCUACAUGUUCGGCCAAGGCCACAUACAUUACUACCUCGCCCCCAAGAUCGGCGACGACUAG